GCCACGGUUCUCCGCGGCCGGGCCGGGCCGGGCGGGAGCGGCGGCGGCGGCGGCUGAGGCGGCGGCUGAGGGCGCUGAGGGCGCUGAGCCUGCGGCGGCCGCCGGAGCGCGGGCCCAGGCAUCCUCGGCAUCGUGAGGAGCGGGCGGGCUCGCAUGGCAGGGCUGCACGGGGCCGCCGGUUGAGCUCGGCGCCGCCGCCGCCUCCUCCUUCUCCUUCUCAUCCUCCUCCUCCAGGCGCGAUGUCGAAUCCCGGUACCCGCCGGAACGGAUCCAGCAUCAAGAUCCGCCUCACAGUAUUAUGUGCCAAGAAUCUCGCAAAGAAAGAUUUCUUCAGACUUCCUGACCCAUUUGCUAAAAUAGUUGUGGAUGGGUCAGGUCAGUGCCAUUCCACUGACACUGUGAAGAACACGUUGGACCCCAAAUGGAAUCAGCAUUACGAUCUAUACGUUGGGAAAACAGAUUCCAUAACCAUCAGUGUAUGGAACCAUAAAAAAAUCCAUAAGAAACAGGGAGCUGGCUUCCUGGGGUGUGUCCGUCUUCUCUCCAAUGCCAUCAGCAGGCUGAAAGAUACUGGAUACCAGCGUUUGGAUCUAUGCAAACUCAACCCCACAGACACCGAUGCUGUCCGAGGCCAAAUAGUGGUCAGUUUACAGACACGGGACAGAAUAGGCACAGGAGGUUCUGUAGUAGACUGCAGAGGGCUUUUGGAGAAUGAAGGUUUCCCCAUUUUCAGAACGGUUUAUGAAGACUCUGGGCCGGGGAGGCCGCUGAGCUGCUUCAUGGAGGAGCCGGCCCCGUACACGGACACGACGGGAGCGGCAGGAGGAGGCGGCUGCCGCUUCCUGGAGUCUCCCAGCCAGGACCAGAGGCUCCAGGCCCAGCGGCUCCGCACCCCCGAGGUCAGAGCUCACGUACAGACACCUCAGAACAGGCCCCACGGCCACCAGUCACCUGAGCUACCUGAAGGCUACGAGCAAAGGACAACGGUACAGGGACAGGUUUAUUUUUUGCACACACAGACUGGAGUGAGCACGUGGCAUGACCCGAGGAUACCAAGAGACCUUAACAGUGUGAAUUGUGAUGAACUGGGACCUUUGCCUCCAGGCUGGGAAGUCAGAAGUACAGUUUCAGGAAGAAUAUAUUUUGUAGAUCAUAACAACAGAACCACACAAUUCACAGAUCCACGACUACAUCACAUCAUGAACCAUCAAUGCCAGCUGAAAGAGCCCAGCCAGCAGCCUCUACCAGCUCCAAAUGAGGGAUCAUUGGAAGAGGGUGAGGAGUUGCCUGCACAGAGAUAUGAAAGAGACUUGGUACAAAAGUUGAAAGUUCUUAGACAUGAGCUCUCUCUUCAGCAACCUCAGGCUGGUCACUGUCGCAUUGAAGUAUCCAGAGAGGAAAUAUUUGAGGAAUCCUAUCGUCAGAUAAUGAAGAUGAGGCCAAAGGACUUGAAAAAGAGGCUUAUGGUGAAAUUCCGAGGAGAGGAAGGCCUGGACUAUGGAGGAGUAGCAAGAGAGUGGUUGUAUUUACUGUGCCAUGAAAUGUUGAAUCCCUACUAUGGACUCUUCCAAUACUCCACAGAUAAUAUUUAUAUGCUGCAAAUCAAUCCAGACUCUUCUAUCAAUCCUGACCAUUUGUCUUAUUUCCAUUUUGUUGGUCGGAUAAUGGGUUUGGCUGUGUUCCAUGGACACUAUAUCAACGGGGGGUUCACAGUUCCCUUUUACAAACAGCUGCUGGGGAAGCCUAUCCAGCUCUCCGAUCUGGAAUCUGUUGACCCAGAAUUACACAAAAGUUUAGUCUGGAUCUUAGAGAACGAUAUCACACCAGUCUUGGAUCAUACAUUCUGUGUGGAGCACAAUGCCUUUGGGAGGAUUUUACAGCAUGAACUCAAACCAAAUGGCAGGAAUAUUCCAGUGACAGAAGAGAACAAGAAGGAAUAUGUCAGAUUGUAUGUGAACUGGCGGUUCAUGAGAGGAAUAGAGGCACAGUUCCUGGCUCUGCAGAAAGGCUUUAAUGAACUUAUUCCUCAACACCUUCUCAAGCCUUUUGACCAGAAGGAACUUGAGCUGAUCAUAGGAGGCCUGGAUAAGAUAGACCUGAAUGACUGGAAGUCCAACACCCGCCUAAAGCACUGCAUGGCUGACAGCAACAUCGUCAAGUGGUUCUGGCAAGCGGUGGAAACGUUUGAUGAGGAAAGAAGGGCAAGGCUGCUGCAGUUUGUGACGGGCUCGACGCGUGUCCCACUUCAAGGUUUCAAGGCUUUACAAGGUUCUACAGGCGCUGCAGGACCCAGACUGUUUACCAUCCAUUUAAUAGAUGCAAACACAGACAACCUUCCAAAAGCCCACACUUGCUUUAACCGGAUCGACAUUCCGCCUUAUGAGUCAUACGAGAAGCUUUAUGAGAAGCUGUUGACAGCUGUGGAAGAGACGUGUGGGUUUGCUGUGGAAUGAAAAAGCAACCAAAGGAAACAGAUGCUAACUCAUGGACCACCAAAUGAAGAGCUAGAAGAAGCUUGCUGUGAACUUCCUGCUAAGCUGUCUGAAACAUCUGAACUCUGACAACUUAGAGAUGGGGCUGUUUCCCUUCUGCCACUGGUGGAUUAGGGGGGGAGGGUCGGGGCUUUUCUUGGUGGUUCCCAGCUCUAUUUUCUCCCUUUUGUUACAAUAACCCCUUCCCUCUUCUUCCAUCCCCCCCGAAAUGAAAUGCAGCCAAGUUCAGCAUUUGGCUUUGGUUACCCAGGAUAUUCUGCUAGAUUGGUAACACAUAUUGUGAUAGGGUCAGCGACCUGUGGGGCUUGUUUCAUAGGAGAAUCAAAGUGCAUUUGAGAAUGAGCUUAAUUUGCUGAGGACCUGCAACUGAUAGGUGCACCUGGUUAGUCUGUCUUAAAUCAAGCUUGAGCCUUUGUAGAGUCCAGCAGGUGCAGAGUGUCUGACUGGCACCAGAAUUUGCAUUGCACAUUUUAAACAUCUGUUUAAAAAGUAAACUUCUAGCAGAAAAUACCUCCAUAUGAACACUUAACUGAAAGGUAAAGAAAUCCAAGUUCUGCCUUAGCAGGAAGCUCCCAGUGGAAGCUGUGGCUCACCUUGAGAAAAGUGAAGGAAUCUGGGGCAGCUCAAACGGUAUUGUAUGAUUUCUCUUUGGUUGUCUUGGCUGAAAUCUAAUUGUUUUGCACGUGAAAAUAAUUCUUUCCUCCUGCAGAAUUACUUUCCAUAGUUUGUUCAGAUGUAAGUACCUUGCAGAGAAGCCUUGUGAGGAGGAGACAGAGGAUAAAAAUCCAUUCAGUUCCAAAGCUGUGAUUUCUGUGCCGCUGUUUUACCCAAGAUGUGUUUGUGUGACUUUAAAUUCUAAGACUCACAUGGAAAUCACUAAAAGUCAAGUUAACAAAGCAAUCUCCUGCUUCAAAUUUUUUGGCCUUAGGAAAGGUUUAUUUGGAGAUUGAGGUAAAAGGGGAACUAUAUAGUGAAAGCAUUCUAAAUGUUACAGAAAGCUAUUGGAAGAAUUUAUGACUUCAGUUCUGCAAGGAUGAAAAUUUCUCCAGAGAGCUGCAUAAGGUUUUCUUUUCCAAUAACUGAAACUAAUAUUGAAAGGUUUCUUUAACACAGGGGUAAAGCAAAUCCAAUAGCUGAAGGUCUUGGUUUGAAGGACAGGUGUCUGCUAAGGAAGGCAGAAGCCUCCCUUGUGAUGGAGAAUGUAAGCCCCUUCCCCCCAAAUUAUUAUAAUUUUAAAUUUAGGGGCUUUCAGGCAAAGAUAUAAGAAACAGGAAUAAUGAUUCUUUACUAGUACAUAUAGUACUAGUGAAUAUAACAGUAAUACAGAAACACUGGCUUAAACUGACAGAGUCAGGAUAGGACUGGACACCCUGUUGGUCUGGGGGUUGGUGGCAGUCCAAUUAAAUGGUGACUGCAGUCCUCUUCAAGUGAUAGAUGUGGUUCUGAUAAAGUGGUGAUCCUGUAAAGGGUUCUGGUCUUCCUCUGAAGGUCCAGUGGUCUUGGCUCCAGGGGGAGGAGCCAAGCAUUCCUACCUGGAUAUAAUCUGAGACUGGGAACACCGCAGGCAGCCUUUCUCCACUGGAUUCCCAGAGCAAGACCAGACCCAUCUGCACCACCACUGGACCUUCAGAGGAAAACUACUGAUCCUUCUACAGGGUCACUGCUCCAACAGAACCCCAUCUGUCACCCCAGGAGGACAGCAGCCACCAUUUAAUCAAACUGCUGCCAGCACCCUGACCAGCAGGGUGUCAGGUUGUAUUCUGUAAUUCUGUCAGUGAGCUAUUUAUCUUUUCUUUUUUUUUUUUUUUUUACUAGUGCAUUUUUAUUUUAAUUUCCUUAGUAAAGAACUGUUAUUCUUAUUCCCAUAUCUUUGCCCAAGACCACCUUGAUUCAUAGAUUAUAAUAAUUCCAGGGCGGGGGAGUGGUUUGCAUUUCUUUCCAUUUCAAUGGAGGUUUCUGGCUUCCUUACCAGACACCUGUCUUUUCAAACCAAGACAAGGAGUUUUUUUCUUUGGCAAGCUUGAUUUUUAGAUUCAUGACUGAAACACUUAACAGAUGUUAAAUUUAUGGUACAGUGCAUUGAAAUUCAGCUGUGGGCAAGAGCCUGUCCUUAGGAGAUGUCUACUAGAAUACUUCUAUUUUGUCUUUUUUUAAAAUUGAAUUUGGUAAUAGCUUUAAACUGUGUUAGGACAGAAAGUAGACACUUGUCAGAACCCUGGCAUCUUUCUCUGUUUUGUUUGUUUGUGGUUUUCUUUUUGCCAUUGACCAUAAUUCUUGUGAUUUGUUGUCGGGAGUCGCAUUGGAGGUGUAAAAUUGUACCAUAUUGUGAGAUUUGCACAGGGUGGCUAAAGAUGCUCAUCCUGCAGGACUGUACAGGAGAGGCAUAUUCAGCCCCAUGUUCUAUAGGGAUCUUUUGGCACUUGGAGACCACUUUCUGCAGUUCUGGUUGUUGGGAUGUGCAACUGUUAGCAGACAGCGUCCCUAUGGUCCCAGGCUGAGUAGCAGAGUCCCCACAACCCUGGAUUUUCCAAAUUGCUUUGAAGUCAAACCUGUUCAUAAAGUGUAUUUAAUCCUUUCAGUACGUUUUAAUGUGCAAUAAACCAGUCAGAUAGGAAAAAUGCAAAAUGGAUUAUUGCCCAAGAGCUUUGCAUGCAGUCCCAUGUGGAUUUUUCACUAAAAAAUGUGUAAAAAAACCCCCAAACCCAGAUACUAAAGCACCCCCUUAAUAAAAAUCCUGUCACACCUGCAGCACAACUGGCUCAGUACAAACCAAGCGAGGUGAAGGGAAAGGCCCCUGAUUUGGAGAUCUAUAGGUCAAGUAGCUUUAUGUCAACGACCCAGUUGACAUAAGAUAGUUCCUAAUGUCUUUGCUAGGUCAGUGUUUUAUUGAAUGCACAAAAUAAGAAUAGGCAAGGAUUGUUGUUUCGAAAAGUCCGUCUGUUUUUUGCUGUAUUUAAAAGCCCUUGUCAAGGUACCUCCUCCGUGCUGACAGUAACGAGAAUAGGGCACUGUCUUUUAAAUUAUUUCAGUUCUCUUUUCAACAGCUUCACCACCUCUCCCGUCGUGUUGUCUUUGCAAUUUUGUGCCACUUCAGUGAUGACGAAGACAAUUUUUGUCUUGUUCUGUACAUGCAUUUGAGGCAGGCCUUAAAGCAGGUUGGGUGGAUGGAGGAGCAGCGAGAAGCGAGGCAGAACAGCUUCGGAGCCAUGGCCUGUUCUUCCUGUGCCCAGUUCCAAGGGCAGGGAAGGACAAAAUGCCAACAGGAGUUAGGAUGGCUAGAGCCAGUGGCUCUCGGAGGUCUGGGAUAACCUCAGCUGUGUGAAUUUGUGUGUCCAUUCCCACUCGGUCUGCCAGCACUUGAACUUGGUUGUUACUUCUCAAACUUGCCCAAAGAAUCCCAUCGAGUCCCGUGUUCAUUCUGUCAUUCCACGUUCCACCUUGUGCGCGGAUACUCUUGGAUCUGACCCGAAGGAAAUACAAGGUACAGCGUGUCUGUCGUUCCUGUCCCACGGCAAACCCCGCAGCUGCUCCAUCAGCAGUGCCCUGAUAACUACUCCUCAGCCUCUACUCUACGCUCAGGGAUGUAGGAAACCACCACUCUGCUCGUGUGCUCCAGCAGGAAGAAACGAGACUGUUGGAUGGGUGUGAGUGUUCACUUGGGCAUUAUGUUAGACAAGACCCUGCUCCAAAAAGGCUGCUCGAAGCUCCAGACAGUGCGAUCGGCGCUCGCUCAGCAGUUUGUCCUCAGUUCAAGUCGAGGUGGUUGUAAAAUCCAACAGAUUUUGUAAAUUACUGAUCCAGCCACUGGGCCCUCUGGAGCCAGUGCCCAGGUUCGGGGCCGUGUGGCACAGCAAAUUCCCAGAAACACAGUAUGGAUCUGGUUUUAAUCUGUUAAUUUUUUUUUUUGUUGUUGUUGUUGUUGUUCCUCAACCACUUUAUAAUGUAUUUUUUUUAAUUUAUUAUUUUGUAAUGUCAUGUUUAAGUAUUGCUGCUAUCCUUGUUAUUCUUCCCACUGUUUUUAUUGCAGAUUUAUUUUGUGGAAGUUGUACACUAAUGUUUCAUUUUAUGUCUAAAUCAAAGUAUUUAAAGAAAUACUAGUUCUAUUUAAUGUGGUUAUGGAACCAGCUGGAAUAAACAGUGAUUGUAUAGUAGGCUGGACCCAGGAGGUCAUGUUCAUUUUUGUUACAUAUGCAAUAAACUCACAACUUUA